AUGUAUCGGAAGUUGUCUAAGUUAGAACACUCGGAAAUAAAACAACUUCUUACAGAAGCUAAUAUAGAUGUUGCAAAGCAUUACGCAACAAACAAAAAAGCACUCGCUGACUUCAUUAAAGACUACAAUGGUGCAAUAAGUUAUGAUAGAAUUCAUGAGUUCAUAAAGCCGCAACGCGGCGAGGACGAAGUCCAUGCAAGAGCAUUUCCUUUAAAUGACGUUGCUAUUGACUUAUAUCAUAGACGUUCAGUACCUCAUGAAGUAAGAAGAGAAAUGUUUGACAUAACAAAUGCAAACGUUGGUGAAACAAGAAGAAGAGACGACACACUGAAACAACAGAGAAGAGAGAUGUUUAAGAGCGCUAUAGAACAAGUUCGCAAAGCUAACGAUGUCAUUCGUUCCAUUGACGACAAACCAAAAGGAGGUGAGAGAUGGUUAAAGAAAGAUGAAGAGAAUAGGAAGAGAAAUGUGAAGUCAGGCAAUAGACUCAUUGACUUUAACAUUGAAGCUUUAGAUGAACCAAACAGAGACUACUUACACAAACAUUUCGGUAAGGUUUUCAUGAGACUCUUAGAGAAAAUUAAAAUAAACUCACAACAGAGAUGGAUGGUAUGUUAUAAACUUGGUGGAAAGUAUGAAUGUUCUACGUUAAACCUCAAUAAUAUUGGAACAUUACUACAUCAGCUCUUGAAGGAGAACUUUAUAUCAGAGAUAGAAGCAAAUGCUGCAGGUAUUGUUGAAAUGCACUAUGACUUCUUCUUGACAAACAUAAAGAAUCUUACCGAAAUAAAGAUGUAUGAUUUAACAGAAUAUGAAGGCUUAACGAUGUCAGAUGUAAAGAAAGGCAAACCAAAAAAGAGACCAUAUAGAGAUGAAAGCACACUGACAAAUGACCAGAAAGCCAUUUUGGAAGCUCUUAAGCAAACAGGAAACCCAGCACUUAUAGAAAGCUUUUGGAAGAAAAAACCAGAAUUUUCGAAAAAGUGA